AUGGUAGAAGCCGAAAUCCAAAGACAAGAACGGAAGGCCCAAAAUUAUGCAUUCGCGGAAAGCGUCCAGAAACUUCAAGAUAACAAGGAGAAAGAUACUGCCCGACGAUUUCAAUUUUUGCUAGGACAUGAAGAAUUAUUUUCGCAUUUUAUCAACUUGAAGAAAUCAAAAGAUGAAGAGUUUAGACACCUUAUAGAAGAAACUGAGCGGUCGGGACCUAAAAUUCAGCGCAAGGAAAAGUCAAAUGAUGGAUCUCGGCGACAUCGCAAGACCGAAAAAGAGGAAGAUGAGGAAUUGUUGAAAGAUGAGGAGAACGAGGAAAAUGAGUUCAAAACUGUCUUUACAGAAUCACCAAACUACAUAAAAAAUGGUACCAUGCGUGACUAUCAAUUACAAGGCCUGAAUUGGAUGAUUUCUUUAUUCGAAAAUGGUAUUAACGGCAUCCUGGCUGAUGAAAUGGGUUUAGGGAAAACUCUACAGACAAUCUCAUUUCUCGGAUAUUUGAAAUUUUACCGUGAUAUUUCCGGGCCGCAUUUGGUAGUUGCUCCAAAAUCAACUUUAAACAAUUGGGAAAAGGAAUUUGCCAAGUGGAUACCAGAAUUUCGAGUUAUUGUAUUUCAAGGCACUAAAGAAGAACGGGCACAAAUAAUUAAUGAACAAUUGCUACCGCAAAACUUUGAAAUUUGCGUCACGUCAUACGAUUUUUGCUUGCGAGAAAAAUCAGUUUUGAAAAAAUUUGCAUUUCAAUAUCUUGUAAUAGACGAAGCCCACCGCAUUAAAAAUGAGAAUUCUAUGCUGUCACAGAUAGUGAGAGUUUUUCAUUCGAGAAAUCGUCUCUUGAUAACAGGAACGCCCCUUCAGAACAAUUUGCAUGAACUAUGGGCGUUGUUAAACUUUUUGUUACCAGACGUUUUCUCCUCUUCGGAUGAUUUCGAUUCAUGGUUUCAAUCUCAAGGAGGGGACCAGGAUAAAGUUGUCCAACAACUUCACAAAGUACUCAGACCUUUUUUAUUACGAAGGAUAAAAGCUGACGUUGAGAGAUCACUUCUCCCAAAGAAGGAAAUUAAUCUUUACGUCGGCCUGUCGGUAAUGCAACGAAGAUGGUAUCAGAAGAUAUUAGAGAAAGACAUUGCAGCAGUUAAUGGCGCUAUAAGUAAGGCGGAAAGUAAAACUCGAUUAUUAAAUAUUGUGAUGCAAUUGAGGAAAUGUUGCAAUCAUCCAUAUUUGUUUGAUGGAGCCGAACCUGGGCCCCCAUAUACUACGGAUGAGCAUCUUGUCGAGAAUGCAGGGAAAAUGGUCGUUCUUGACAAGCUUUUGAAGCGGUUGAAGGCGCAGGGUUCACGCGUUCUUCUCUUUAGUCAAAUGAGCCGUGUACUAGACAUACUAGAAGACUACUGCUUGUUACGUAAUUUCGCUUAUUGUCGCAUUGACGGACAAACCAAACAGGAUGAACGUAUUUCAUCAAUUGACGAGUUUAAUAGAAUGGGGAGUGACAAGUUUAUAUUCCUUCUUACCACACGUGCGGGAGGCUUAGGCAUUAAUCUAACUACAGCGGAUAUUGUCAUAUUAUAUGACAGUGACUGGAAUCCACAAGUUGACUUGCAGGCGCAAGACCGUGCACAUCGCAUUGGGCAGACGAAACAAGUCUACGUAUUUCGAUUUGUGACGGAGAACGCUAUUGAAGAAAAGGUACUCGAAAGAGCAGCGCAGAAAUUGCGGUUGGAUCAAUUAGUCAUCCAGCAAGGCAGAGCCACGCAAAAUUCUAAAGCUGCAACCAAAGACGAACUUCUUACCAUGAUUCAGCACGGGGCCGAAGAAAUUAUAACGUCAACUGAGAGUACAGUGACUGAUGAAGACAUUGAUUAUAUUCUCAAAAAAGGCGAAGAAAAAACUGUGAAACUUAAUCAAAAGUAUCAGGGACUCGGUUUGGAAGAUCUGCAGAAAUUCACAUCCGAAUCAGCUUACGAGUGGCAAGGGGAGAAUUGGAGUAAUAAACGAAAACCGGACGGUUCAGGCUUUGUUUGGAUUGAGCCCCAAAAGCGAGAACGCAAAGCAAAUUAUGCAGUAGAUAAUUAUUAUCGUGAUGCACUUCGUGUCACGCCCAAGCCAUCUCAACCUAAAGCACCAAAGCCACCUAAGCAGAUCAACAUAAAUGAAUGGCAAUUUCCCAGUCCACGGUUAGUGGAACUGCUUAAGAAGGAAAGAUAUUAUUACCAGAAAACCACCGGUUAUAAAGUUCCUCUACGAGAACCAUCUGGGGAGAACGAAGAAGAAGAUUUAGCGCAACGACAAGAAGAGCGGCAAGAAGAACAAGACAAAAUUGAUAAUGCCGAACCCCUCACUGAGGAAGAAAUACAAGAAAAAGAAGCUGCACUAGGAGAGGUCUUUGACGAUUGGUCAAAACGUGACUUUAAUUGUCUUAUAAAUGCGUCUGCUAAAUAUGGAAGGAACGCUCUUGAGAGUGUUGCUAGUGAAAUCGAAGGCAAGACUUUUGAAGAAGUAUCAGCAUAUGCUGAAGUUUUCUGGGAACGAUAUCGUGAACUUCCAAACUACGAGGAAAUAAUAGCCAAAAUUGAUAGAGGUGAGGCAAGGUUGCGACAAACUAUGGAGAUACAAAUGUUACUUGAAGCCAAGGUCGCAAAGUAUCGCUCGCCCUUGAGUCAAAUGCAAAUACAAUAUAACCAAGCUAAAGGCAAGAACUAUACCGAGGCAGAGGAUCGAUUUUUAAUUGUCAUGCUUACCAGAUACGGAUACGGAACAGAGGAUGUUUAUGAAAGAAUUCGUGAGGAGAUCGAGGCAGAGGAAAGCCUUUUCAAGUUCAACUGGUUUAUUAGGUCACGGACGACGGCUGAGAUUGCACGUCGUUGUUCGACUCUUAUAAGUCUUCUGCAAAAAGAGCAAACUGAAAUAGAAGAGAAAGAACGGGAGGAACGACGAGCGCGGAAUGAUAGUAAAAAGAGAAAAGCCGAAGAAACAGCCAGUAAGCCGGGUGCAGCAAAACGUAGAGCAGGCAAGAAAGAGUCGAGUAAUGAAGAAUCCUCUGAUUCCGGAGAUGAGUCUAGUCGAAGUUCCAGUAAAAAGGUGUCUGACGAGGCAUCAGUUAAAUCAUCAAGCACCAAGGGAUCGAAAGCCUCAAGCUCCCGGUCAGUGGCCAAAUUAAAUGGUGGGAAAGCUAAUGGAACAAAAAAUGGACGCGGGAAGAAGAUUACGAAGCGCAAGGCUUGA